AGAAAAUGUCUACAUCUGACAUUGCAGCAAGAGUGGAAACUUGGCUUUCAUCCACAUGGCAUGUUAAAGUUCCUUUGACAUGGCUGGAAGCAUGUAUCAGUUGGAUCCAGGAAGAAAAUAGUGGUAAUAACUUAACUCAAGCUCAGAUUAACAGACAGGUAUUUGAGCAAUGGCUUCUUACUGAUCUAAGAGAUCUGGAAUAUCCCAUUUUGCCUGACUGCAUCUUAGAUGCUCCCAAAGGAGAGUUGUCAGGCUUCUACUCCAUACAGAUUGAUUCAAUGGUUGAUGUUAGCCAGCCAGCAUAUUCCCAGUUGCAGAAGCUAAGAGGGAAAAAUACUGUGAAUGAAGAAGUAACAGCCAGUACGCAGGCAUUCCAGAAGCCCUGGGAAGCAAAGCCUACUCGAAUGCUAAUGCUGCAACUAACUGAUGGGAUACAUCAAAUUCAGGGCAUGGAGUAUCAACCAGUGCCUGUCCUCUGCAGUAAUCUUCCUCCUGGAACAAAAAUCACUGUACAGGGUAAUACUGCAUAUCGUCUUGGAGUCCUUCUGCUUAAACCAGGAAAUGUGAAACUGUUGGGGGGUGAAGUGGAUGCUCUUCUGGAGGAGUAUUCUCAGGAAAGAGUCCUUGCUAGAUUAAUUGGAGAAACUGAAAACCGUAAUUCUAUUGGACAAGCUGGUCAUGUCCAAAUUGUUUCAAGGCCUGUGGAGGAAUUAGAACAAAGUCUAGGCCCUUCAGAUGAAGAGCUUUUAGCCAGUCUUGAUGAAAAUAAUGAAUUUGCUUUAAACAAUGAAACAUCAUUAGAAAGCGGAUACUGCAGUAGAAGGAACAAUUUAAGUACAACCUCAGAUUCACUAGCAGCACACAACGGAAAUGUUUUGCUGUUGGAAUCUGGAAGUCCUUUACCUCAUUCAGAUGAACAAGUUUCACCUGCCAUGGAGUAUGUUGAUGGCUUUUUAAAUCACUUUCCUUUAGAAGAUGACUUUCUUCUGGAAGAAGAGAUGCAAAAAGAGCUGGAAGAAGUGCCACCAGUGGUCACGAACAGAAACAUAGGUUUAGUUAGUGAAAGACUUCCACACACAUCUAGAAGCUCCUGCAAUUCAACUUUAAAUGGCACUUGUGAGAAAGAUGGUGUGAAUGAAAGACAUAAGCCUGUAGAAGCUACCAGCAAGCAAAAGACUUUUGGAAGAACAAUAUUUGAUCGAGAUGGAAAUAGUAUGAGUAGGUUUUCACAGCACAAGAGCGUACAUCAGACCUGCAAUUCUGCAGAUUUCUUUUUGGAAGAUCCUCCUGAAGAAAGGCAGAAUGAUACAGACCUAGAUGAGAGCAGACAUAAGUCCCAGCACACUUCUGACAACCGGCUAUUAAAUGAUGAUCCUGUAUUUUUCUCAAAAACUGAUCCAGAAGCAGAUCAGCAGAAGCAUGAUUCACAGAGCUUUCCCUGCGGAGCAGCAGAAGAACACUUGGAUUUAGAUUCUCCACCUUUCACAUACAUUUCCCUUCUCCUUGCAAGAAAACCAGAAACUGUUACAAUUCUGAAAGUUAAGUGUUUUAUUGUUACUCUCACUGGAAACCUCACAAGCAACAAUGGGUCCUGGGGUAUAAAAGCAAAAAUUUCUGAUGGUUCAGCUUAUCUUGAAGUAGAUUUUGCAGAUGAUAUUCUAACAAAUUUGAUUGGCUUUUCAGUGCCUGAAAUGCAUAGGCUGAAAAAGGAUCCAGCUUCACAUCUGAAGCUUAGGGAUGGUUUAGAGAAAUGUCAAAAACGACUGAUAGAUCUCUGUUGUUUGAUGACUAUAGAGUUUAAUCCACUUCAAUCUAAAGCGACUGUAUUAAUUCUCCAGGAUGCUGAUGCAAGGCAUCUAGAACAAUUGAAGAAACGUUUGAAUAAAUAA